UCGCUCAUUUGCGUCGUCUCAAACACUCGUUGGCAUAUUGUUCUGCCGAGAAAAUUUGUAUGAGGAUGAGGAAUACAAUGAAAGACAACACACUGCAUUGAUCGUUUCUAAGGGAGGAGGUAUGAAAGAGCGAAGUUCGGGAACUGAUUCGAGCUUGGCCUUCACUUCAAAUUGGGGAAAGUGGCUUCUGUUAGAUCUAUCAGGCAUUCAGGCAGUGCAAGGUGUUUAUGUGAAGAAUUUCUUUCAUAUGAAUCAACCGGCAAGAGAAGUUUGUAAGGGCACUUGUGUGAUUCCACACAAUGAAACUGAUGAUUUGAAUUCAGUUGGAGCUGUGAGGUCUGUGUUUGGACCGUUCGUUGAGCUCGUUAAAUCAUGGAACCUUCCUGAUUGGAUUGUGCACUGGGGCCAUCCCGGCAACAUGUCAAUGCAAGAAGGAGAUCCGGCAUGGAUUGGCUAUAUCUAUGCAUUUGCAAUUUUUCAUUCAAAGAGAAGGGGUUCCUUAUCAGCUGGAAUAGGUUGCAAGCGAAGCUAG